AUGAUCACAAGAAGUCCGAGAUCGUCAAAACUAGAAAAGGCGACAAAGAAGUAUGUGAGUACCAACAGCUCAAAAGAGGAGAUGCAGUUCAGUAGCAUCGAGAAUGAGUACCACGGAGAGUCACCCAAGCGAGAGAGCGAUCCAAGCAUGACUAUCAUGCUGACAGUAGGCGAGAGCAGUAUUUUACGACUUCGUGCUCGAACACUGUUGAGGAUAUCAGAUAAUGUCAGUCUGAGUGAGCAUCCAAUUUACGAAAUUCCAGGAGUACAAACCAAAUUGAGACACAUUUUGCUCCUUCCCGAAUCUGCACGGUGUGAAGCUGAUUACAAGUUUCUAGACAAUUAUGUCCAGCGUGUCAAGUUCUUCCGAGAGCUUCCGUUUGAAGAUCGUUUAAAGUUUCUGAGGGCGGCAAAAGGCAUUGAGUUGGGAAAUGGAGAAGUCCUAUUUCGAAUCGGAGACCGCGCAGAUACAUUUUACUGCAUCAUGUUUGGCACUAUGAGUGUCGUCAUGGAUUUUUCGCGUAUGGCAGCACCCACACUGAAUGAGUUUGAGGAGAUUAUGAAUCGCGCUCGCGUACAAUCAAGCUUUCUAAAUCCUGGUGGGAGGCUAAAUUUGUCGCACGAUGCUACAUACGUCGUGCGGACCAUAACGAGUACGAGGUGUUUGGCGAUGUUGGCAUGUUGCUAG